ACAAAAUUAUUGCUGCCGAGAAAGCCAUAGUCAAAGACUUUCCGGAACCAGUACGAGAAAAAUUAACUUGUCGUAAAGCAAAAAAGAGGGUAGCGUUAGCACAAACAUCCGUUCCUAAAAGUUGUCAAACAUCCGUUCCUAAAAGUUGUCAAACAUCCGUUCCUAUUUGUGGGGGCGGGCUGACUCAAACUAUCUUUUCUGAGUUAAGAUCUAG